GGGCACACAUAGUCGUCGUUGGCAUUCAUUGUUGGGGUGCCACGUCUAGUCAAACUACUCCAUUUCAUUCCAACCCCAGCAAGCAUUCUAUUUCCGCGUUUUCUCUCUUUUCAUUAAUUGCUUACUUUUACUAUUUUAUUCGUUCAACCGUAUGAAAUCAAUGAAUGAAUGUCAUCAACAACAUCUUAUGUUUUUAGUCAAACCCCAGAGUCGUAAAUUCUCGGCGACUUUUCCCUUUUUCAUACCUCCUUACCAUUCCCAUGCCCUCCUUUUCUAAUCUCAUUUUCCUUCUCCAUUUCAAACACUCUCUGUAAAUAGGUGUUGGGUUUUUAAUUUUUGUCUUGUGUUGCAUUUUUUUUAUUUAUUUUUUCUGAUAAUUGGUGACAUUUUUUGAGGAAGAUAAUAAUGGGAGCGGUUUGUUCGGCUGGUAUGGUGGAGAAAAAUGGUGAACUUGGAGGGAAGAGUUUGGGGCUUUCUGGGAAGCUUAAGAAGGAAAAUAGCUUUGUGAAUCGGAGAGAAGCUUUUUCAGAUUCAAGGUCUAAUAGUGGUCACUCUAGAAAGCAAAAGAAGCACGAUACUGGGUUUUCCCAUGAACUUGGUUUAUCGUCUCCUUCACCUGGGGGGAAACAGGUGAGUCAGAGGGGUUCUAUUCUGGGAAAAGCAGGCGAGAGAGCAGUGGAAGUUCUGGACACAAUUGGAAGUGGCAUGCCUAAGUUAAACACUAAUAGCGGGUUUGUCUCUGGCACAACUUCUAGAGGGAAUAAGAUAUCAAUACUGGCAUUUGAAGUAGCUAAUACAAUAACCAAAGGAACAAUUUUGUUUCAAUCACUUUCUGAAGAAAACAUUCAGUUCCUUAAAAAUGAGGUGUUACAAUCGGAGGGGGUUCAGCUAUUAGUAUCAACUGAUGUGAAGAAGUUAAUAGCUCUUGCUGAGGCUGACAAAAGGGAAGAACUCAAUGUCUUCUCAAGGGAAGUGACUAGAUUUGGAAAUAUGUGUAAAGAUCCACAGUGGCACAACCUAGACAGAUAUUUCUCAAGAUUAGAUUUGGAUGUCCUGGAUGACAAACAAUAUCAGGUAGAGGCAGAAAAGACAAUGCAGGAGUUUACCAGCCUAGUUCGGAAUACUUCUGAAUUAUACCAUGAGUUAAAUGCUUAUGAACGUUUUGAACAAGAUUAUCUGCAAAAGAUUAAGGAAAUGGAGUCCUUAAACCUUCCUCUAAAAGGGGAGAGUAUCACAAUGUUUCAAAGUGAGCUAAAGCACCAAAGAAAGCUUGUGAGGAGCUUGAAAAAGAAGUCUCUUUGGUCCAGAACUUUGGAAGAGAUAGUUGAAAAGCUCGUUGAUAUUGUUACCUAUAUACAUCAAGCAAUUUAUCUGUUCCUUGGAAAUCAUGGUACAGCUGCAACUAAGCACAGUGACGGUCCUGAAAGACUAGGGGAAGCUGGUCUUGCACUGCACUAUGCUAACAUCAUCAGUCAGAUAAAUAUGAUUGCAUCUCGCCCAACUGCUCUUCCUCCAAACACCCGAGACACAUUGUAUCAUGGUUUGCCCAACAAUAUUAAGGCUGCUCUUCCAUCCCAGUUGCAAACCGUUGCUGACAUGAAAGAGCUCUCCAUCACUCAGAUCAAAGCUGAAAUGGAAAAGAUUCUUCAGUGGCUUGCACCACUUGCCACAAAUACAGUCAAAGCACAUCAAGGUUUCGGAUGGGUAGGUGAAUGGGCAAACACAAGUAAUGACUCUGGCGAUAACACCUCCAAAGAAAAUAACCUGAUUCGCCUGCAGACACUUUAUUACGCUGAUAAGAGGAAGAUAGAUGUUUACAUCAUUGAAUUGUUGGCAUGGCUUCACCAUUUGAUUAGCUCUGUAAAAUCUAGACAGAAUACCUUGAGACCAAUGCCUACACGGUCUCCUCCAAAGGGACACGAACUUCAGUCUAAGAUGCGACAGUUAUUAAUUCUAUCUGUGGAUAGUAGCAACAAGCCGUUGGGAACUCAAAUUUCUCAUGAGGAUAGGAGAUUAUUGGAGGAUGUUAUUGCAAGGAAAAAGAACCCUGGACUUAGCAAAAGCGAGGAUCUUGGUUUGGCUAAGAAAAGACAAGUCAAACAUUUGCAAGUGACCAAAAGUGCUGGGAGUUCACCUGCCAAGGAAUUCUUCGGUACAAGACUCGUCUUUAACCACCAAAACUAUAACGUUUUGGAUAUUAUGGAUGGGUUGGGUUACUGAAAACUUCAUCUACACUCAAUCGUUGUUCUCACUUCUCACCUCUCACUUGUUUUUCUGCUGGAAUUCUUGCUUAGGGAUAAUAUUCAACAUUCAUUUCUAUACAACUCUAGUUAUGUACAUAUCUAUAUCUAUAUGAACGACUAACGCUGGAUUCAUUUAACUUUAUAAAUUACUUUUGUACAGGGGAUGAGGAAAAUAGUUGAAUUCCUUUUAUUGUUCAAUUUAUUAUUUUUUUGGUGAA